AUGACGGCGCCUGGUGCUGGGCACGAUGCCUCGAUCGAUACCUUGAUCGACUUGGUCACUUACGACGACCGCCCGACAUUGCUUCUCGACACCAGCACGCGUCGCAUCCGCUUCUGCAACAUCGCCUUUGACUCGCUGCUCCAAGGCACUGGCGCCUCUACCGACUUCCAGCCAUGGGCCAACAGCUUAUGUGCUGUCGCCGCCCAUGCCACCCAUGAGCCCAUUGACUUGGGCACCUUUGCCCACCAAAAAUGGCUAGGCAAGAGCUUUGGAUCAAACAUCAUGACUGUAUUUUGCCGAUGGACCGCAUCACCUGCACCUGCACCUGCAUUGUCUGCCGAGGACGCCGUAAUGCUGGACCACGACCAACAACGCGACGAGAACAACGAUCCGUCAGAAGAGACGAAGCUCAGAGACAUGUACAUGGGCUGGCUGGAACCAAAAGACGACCCGUGGAUGUCCUUUAUCCGGAACUACCCCUUCCAAGAUACUGCCCUAGGUCCAAUGUCGGCCUGGCACCCACAGUUGCGCCGUGCCGUCCAGAGGAUGAUGGUCUGCCCAGAAACCCGUAUCCUGUAUUGGGGCGACCAACACGCAAUGCUAUACAACGAGGCCGCCGUAGCCAUCCUCGGUCAGAAGCACCCAUGUCUGGGAACGUCCUUGGUCGACACCUGGGGCCAACCAAUGUUCGAUCAGAUCGACGCUACAAUCAGGGCUGUUGUCGUCUCCGGCAAGGCACAUCAGAUGAAGAACGUCAUGUUCGAGAUGCACAGGCACGGCUUCUCCGAACAAACAUGGCACCACUUUUAUCAACUACCCAUCAUCGGCCCGGAUGGCCGUUAUCUCGGAUGUGUUUGCGAAUUCGCCGAAAACACUACUGCCGUUAUGCAAGAGAAUAGAGCAGCCAUCCUCGACGCAUCCAUCCGGAUCGCCGCUAGUGCGACCGAUCUGAAGCAGCUGUGGCCUCUCGCACUGAAACCUCUCGCCAAGACUUCGAUUGACAUUGUUGCUGGUUGUAUCUUCUCUGUUGCUGGCCCUGCGGACAAUGCACAAUCAAUCGAGUCAUCGCCAAUUUCGCCAGACUAUGUCCUCGAGGCUUCUUUUGGUGGAACUAAUGCACAGUCAACAUCAUCCCUGCUCAAGAUACUCAAUAAUGCGUCCGACUACGAAAAAUUGCUGGUCCUAAGACGGGACGAUGACACGCUUCCCUCCGACCUACAAUGGAGCACCGCUGACCACGGUAACAUCACAGUUGUCUGUAUCUUGCCCAUCACAGACCUACACAAUCGCAAGCUUGCAGUCGCCAUUUUUGGUAUGAACCCUGGCAGACCUUUCGAUGAAGGUAGCGUGUCUUUUGUAUCAAGGAUAGGUGACUUGACCCGGAAAGGUGCCAUAUUCGUUACCCUGCCCGCGGAACAAAAGCGGACUGCAGCUAUUACCUCAGCAUUGUCUGACAGGCUUCAAAUUGCCCUUCUAGAGGCAGAGAUAAAAGAGGAUUCGUAUGCUCGCAUGGCGAGACAGGCUCCAAUUGGAAUGUACAUGCUGCGACCGGAUGGAUACCCCGUCUUUGUCAACGAUGCAUACCUAGCAUUACAUGGUGUAUCCCGAACACAAUUUUACAAGAAUGCAGACGAAGGUCUUGGUUGGAACGCGACUCUUCUCGAGGAGGAUGUGCCGUUGGCCACCUCGAUGUGGAUUUCCACAAUCUCUGGUACAAAGCCCGUACAGGCAGAGGUCAGGGUCAAAGCUCCUAAAUUUCCUGAUGGCAUUAGAUGGGUCGAGAGCAUGUCCUUCGCGGAGCGCGAUGAAGCAGGCAAUGUUACUUCAGUGCAAGGAUGGCUCCUCGAUGUCAGUCCGCGAAAGAUGAAUGAACGCCUUAUAAAUGAGAAACUCCAGGACGCGCUCGAGACCAAGCGCGCGACGGAAACGUUCUUAGACAUGUUGUCGCACGAGAUGCGAAAUCCACUGUCAUCUAUCCUCCAACUAGCAGAUGGCAUCAUUUCAUUGCUGGAAACCCCGCCCACGCCCGAUACGGUUGAGCCUCUGAAAGAUUCGGCUCAGACCAUCACACUUUGUGCUAGGCACAUGAAGACCAUUAUAGGUAGGGAUUGA